AUGCCUCAAUUCGGCAAGCUCUUCAAGGGCCUAAGUAGUCGGCGCUUCUCAAGACCUUCGUUUCAUCAGAUUUCUAGAUUUAAUUCGAUGAUCGCGACAAAAGCAGAUCCUAAACACUCUUUAUCUUCAGCUCAGUCCACGAGUGCCCUCAUCCAAGAGAACCUAAAGAAGUAUAUCCGAUGGUAUCCCGAGGAUGAUAUUACUGGCUCCAACAUCGAAAACUUUUUCUCGCUCUCUCGUGAUGCUUCUAGACGGCUGGAUCUCUUGGUAGGUAUUGUCUAUGAAAAUGAAUCCAUUCAGAAGUCGUCUAAGUUUUUGCAGGUGUUGCUUGCAGAUCCGUUGUCAGACAAUAGUCAGCAGUGGUAUCAGGAACUCAAGACAAGGCCUCAUGUUCAAAACAACUUGGUAUGCCCAGUCUUUGACGAGGAGUCUCGAUUACUGUUCCCAGAGUCGUUCAGAAGAAGCAUCAAACAAUACAAAGUACCCUCCCCAAUUCUACUAGGUGACAGAAGAUCUUCAUAUGCUGAUGCUCUUUGUGAGCUGAACUCAACACCCAAUAAUGUGCUGUUUCUUGAGAUCAACAAGCCAGAAGAAGUGUCCAAAUUGAUCGAGAUCUGUCAUUUCUAUAUCUAUGUUACUGCAGAUCUCUCUAACUCGAAAGAAGCCCUUCCAAAACAAAUUCAAAAGAAGAUUUUGUUGACAGUUGUUGACAACUCCGAAUUCACACCUAGGUCGACCGAAGACACAGCUGUCACAUUCCGGAAUGAGCUCGCACAUCACGUCGUCAAAAUUAAUAGUCUGGCUCUUGAAGAGGGCGUCGAAUACUUUUAUAAGUAUGAUGUUCAGGGCGCUUCCACCUACUUUGACCUGCUUCAGAAUAGUAACAUCCUAGAGGUUAGCAAGUACAUGCUGUGGUAUCUAAGAACGGAGAACUUGCGUGAAUGGUUGUUGUCAAUCAUUAAAAAUGAAAUUGCUACCAACAAGAUUCUGGAGGCUAGGAUUGAAACUGUUUACAACGAAUUGAAAUUGCAAUCGUUGGUGCAAUGUAGUAAUGCGAUGCACUCCGAACUACAGAACGAUUUUAUUCCAAAAACCAAUGCAUUCUUCGGAAAACAACUCAAUUGGUGGAAGCUCUACUUGAAGAAUGAUAACGUCGAGUAUGCCAUUAAAGACUACCUUAAUGUUAACUUCAUGCCAAAAAGUCUAGACAGCUACAACUACUUGAAGGGCCAACUUGUUGCCAGAUUGCAAGAGCAAAAAUUUGCUCACUAUUCUGAAACGGACAAAACACAACUCAACAAUCCGCUUCAACAAUACAAGUCCAACUUGAUUAACAUAAGAGUGCCUCAGGAAGUACAGCUGGCUGUUUAUGCUGCGCUCGUCUCUGCGCUUGUAUACUAUCAGCUUCCCCUAGGUGCUAUUUCAUUGCUUGGAUAUCUAUUCUUUGGUUUGGAAGCCCAGACUGCAGGAGCCAUAGCUUCAUUGGGUCUAGUCCUCGGCUUCAAUAAAGUCUCCAAAGACUGGCUGACCUUUUCAGCGGCAUGGUUGAGUGAGAUGUAUGAGGAAGUCCGUGUUAUUAUAUCAAACGACUGUAUCAACAAGGGGUUGUUGAAGGAGCUCAAUUUGAGAUACGAAGCUGCCAAAGAUCUUUCUAGGAUCAAACAACAAGUGCUAGAGGAGCUUGAGGCAGCAGAGGAACAAAAAUAG